AUGGGAGGAUGGGUGGAGGAACGGAAGGAUGGAGGGAUCAGCAGAGGAAAGAACUGUUGGAGGGAUGGAAGGACGGACGGACGGACAUACGGGAUGGACAGACAAGUGGAUGCACAUACAGAUGGACGGACGGAUGGACGGAUGGACGGACGGAUGGACAGAUGAAUGGAGAGACCACAGGCCGGUCACCACCAUCCCCCCCAAAACCACCACCCCCCCCUCCGCCGCCCCACUGGCGCCAGCUCUGACCCAAAUCCACCCAGCCCCAGAUCUUAUCUCUGCCCCAAAGACCAACGUGCCCCCAGGACCCACCCCCUUCAUGGGGACCAGUGGGGGUGGCCUUGGAGGGGGGGGGGUUGGGGGGAACGGGGGGUGGAACCCACAUCCCAUUGGUUGGAGCCACCCCCUUGGCUGCUACAAAAACUCGGAACCUUCUGAGGAGGCUCAGCUCUACAGCUCCGGCAUGAGUCCUCUCUGAGGAGUGGUGAAGAUGGUACUUCACGGCCUGGUUCUCCUCUGGAGUUGGUUCCUGCUGCGAUGUGGUGCAGACCCACAGCCCCACACCAGCAACAAGCUGUGCUCUGGGGUCCGCUGUGGACCUGGGAUGGUUUGUAGGGUUUUGGAUGAUGGACCCAAAUGUGUCACAGUGCCCUCGUGCAAGAACUACCCGUGCCCAAAAGCUGGAACAGAGUGCCAGAUGCUGCACGGGCGGCCCAGAUGCGUCCCAUUGCCUUCAUGCAAGAACACCCGUUGUGAAGCAGGAACGGAGUGCAGGAUGGUGAAUGGGUCACCCCAGUGCAUCCCUCUGCCUUCCUGUAAGAACACCCGUUGUGGUGCUGGAACGGAAUGUAAGAUGGUGGAUGGGUCACCCCAGUGCAUCCCACUGCCUACGUGCAAGAACACCCGUUGCGAUGAGGGAACAGAGUGCAAGAUGGUGCAUGGAUCACCACAGUGCAUCCCAUUGCCUUCAUGCAAGAACACCCGUUGUGAAGCAGGAACAGAGUGCAGGAUGGUGCAUGGAUCACCCCAAUGCAUCCCAUUGCCUUCGUGCAAGAACACCCGUUGCGAUGAGGGAACAGAGUGCAAGAUGGUGCAUGGAUCACCACAGUGCAUCCCAUUGCCUUCAUGCAAGAACACCCGUUGUGAAGCAGGAACAGAGUGCAGGAUGGUGCAUGGAUCACCCCAAUGCAUCCCAUUGCCUUCGUGCAAGAACACCCGUUGCGAUGAGGGAACAGAGUGCAAGAUGGUGCAUGGAUCACCACAGUGCAUCCCAUUGCCUUCAUGCAAGAACACCCGUUGUGAAGCAGGAACAGAGUGCAGGAUGGUGCAUGGAUCACCCCAAUGCAUCCCAUUGCCUUCGUGCAAGAACACCCGUUGUGAAGCAGGCACAGAAUGCAAGAUGGUGCAUGGAUCUCCCCAGUGCAUCCCUUUGCCUUCCUGUAAGAACACCCGUUGUGAAGGAGGAACAGAAUGCAAGAUGGUGCAUGGAUCACCACAGUGCAUCCCAUUGCCAUCCUGCAAGAACACCCGUUGUGAAGCAGGCACAGAAUGCAAGAUGGUGCACGGAUCUCCCCAGUGCAUCCCACUGCCUUCAUGCAAGAACACCCGUUGUGAAGCAGGAACACAGUGCAGGAUGGUGCACGGAUCUCCCCAGUGCAUCCCACUGCCUUCAUGCAAGAACACCCGUUGUGAAGCAGGAACACAGUGCAGGAUGGUGCACGGAUCUCCCCAGUGCAUCCCACUGCCUUCAUGCAAAAACACGCGUUGUGAAGCAGGAACACAGUGCAAGAUGGUGCAUGGAUCUCCCCAGUGCAUCCCAUUACCUUCAUGCAAGAACACGCGUUGUGAAGCAGGCACAGAAUGCAAGAUGGUGCACGGAUCUCCCCAAUGCAUCCCAUUGCCUUCAUGCAAGAACACGCGUUGUGAAGCAGGAACAGAAUGCAAGAUGGUGCACGGAUCUCCCCAAUGCAUCCCAUUGCCUUCAUGCAAGAGCAUGCGUUGUGAAGCAGGAACAGUGUGCAGGAUGGUGCUUGGAUCUCCCCAGUGCAUCCCAUUGCCUUCAUGCAAGAACACGCGUUGUGAAGCAGGCACAGAAUGCAAGAUGGUGCACGGAUCUCCCCAGUGCAUCCCAUUGCCUUCAUGCAAGAACACGCGUUGUGAAGCAGGAACAGAAUGCAAGAUGGUGCACGGAUCUCCCCAAUGCAUCCCAUUGCCUUCAUGCAAGAGCAUGCGUUGUGAAGCAGGAACAGUGUGCAGGAUGGUGCUUGGAUCUCCCCAGUGCAUCCCAUUGCCUUCAUGCAAGAACACGCGUUGUGAAGCAGGCACAGAAUGCAAGAUGGUGCAUGGAUCACCCAAAUGUGUUCCUCUUCCUUCCUGCAAAAACACCCGCUGCGAAUCUGGAACGGAGUGUAAGAUGGUGGAGGGUGUGCCCAAAUGCGUCCCAUUGCCAUCCUGCAAGAACAUCCGUUGUGAUGCGGGCACAGAGUGCAAGAUGGUGGGCGGAUGGCCCAAGUGCAUCCCGUUGCCAACCUGCAAGAACACCCGUUGUGAAGCAGGAACACAGUGCAGGAUGGUGCAUGGAUCACCACAGUGCAUCCCAUUACCAUCAUGCAAGAACACCCGUUGUGAAGCAGGCACAGAAUGCAAGAUGGUGCAUGGGUCACCCCAGUGCAUCCCGUUGCCAUCCUGCAAGAACACCCGUUGUGAAGCAGGAACACAGUGCAGGAUGGUGCAUGGAUCACCACAGUGCAUCCCAUUACCAUCAUGCAAGAACACCCGUUGUGAAGCAGGAACAGAAUGCAAGAUGGUGCAUGGAUCACCCCAGUGCAUCCCGUUGCCAUCCUGCAAGAACACCCGUUGUGAAGCAGGAACACAGUGCAGGAUGGUGCAUGGAUCUCCCCAGUGCAUCCCAUUGCCAUCCUGCAAGAACACCCGCUGCGGUGAAGGAACUCGGUGCAAGGUGGUGGAUGGGAUACCCAAAUGCGUCCCGUUGCCUUCCUGCAACAACUUCCAAUGCAACACGGGAACGGCGUGCAGGAUGGUGGGUGGGUGGCCCCAAUGCGUCCCAUUGCCUUCCUGCAAGAACACCCGUUGUGGUGCAGGAACUCGGUGCAAGGUGGUGGACGGGGUCCCCAAAUGCGUCCCGUUGCCUUCCUGCAACAACUUCCACUGCAAGGCCGGAACGCGAUGCAGGAUGCUGGGUGGGUGGCCUCAGUGCGUCCCCGUCCCAUCGUGUCGGGUGUUCCCCUGCAAGGAAGGGACGCGGUGCCAGAUGGUGGCCGGGAAACCACGCUGCAUCCCCAAACCUUCCUGCCGUCACCUCAGCUGCGAGGAGGGCACACGGUGCAAGAUGGUGGACGACUGGCCUCGCUGCGUGCACGUCUCGCCGAGCUGCCGGGAUAUCCGCUGCCAGAAGGGGACCCGUUGCCAGAUGGUGGAGGGGUGGCCCAAGUGUGUGCACAAGUUGCUCCUCCGCAGGGAAGUGCCUCCAUCGCCGGCUCUCUCUUGCGACAACGUCCCCUGCGAGAGCGGGACGGCGUGCAGGAUGGAGGGCGGUUCGCCUCGCUGUGUGCCAAGCAAGAUGUCCCCAGCGCAGCCUUCUUGCAGAGUGCACUGCCCCAAGAGGACCACGUGCCAGAUGAGAGAUGGGUGGCCCCACUGCGUCCACCUCGCUCCCUCCUGCAGCGCCAUCCAAUGCCAGAAGGGAACUGAGUGCCAAAUAGUCGACGGUUGGCCACGGUGCGUCCAAAGCAAGGCAUCCCAGGGACAACCUUGCCGGGAUUUCCCCUGUCCCAAAGGGACCUCGUGCAAGGUGACCGACGGCCAACCCCACUGCGUCCACAACCCGCCCUCCUGCCAUGACAUCCAGUGCCAGAAGGGAACCGUGUGCCACAUGGUCAACGACUGGCCAUGGUGUGGUCCCACCAAGGCGCCCCACGUGCCAACCGUUCAGACGACCCCGACCUGUGAGGACAUCCGUUGCCAAAAGGGGAUGGUGUGCAAAAUGCUGGAGGGGUGGCCCAAAUGUGUUGGCCCCAUACCAUCAUGUGGGGACAUCCAAUGUUCCCUGGGCACCGUGUGCAAGAUGGUCAACGGUUGGCCAAAAUGUGCCCACGAACCGCUCUCUUGCAGCAACAUCCACUGCCAGAAGGGGACCACGUGCCAGAUGGUGGAUGGUUGGCCACGCUGCAUCCAAAUCAAGGUGGCCCCAAGGCGACCUUCUUGCAGGGACAUCCACUGUCCUAAAGGGGCCACGUGUAAGAUGAUGGAUGGACAUCCCCAGUGUGUCCAUGACCAGCCCAGCUGCAGUGACAUCCAUUGCUCCAAGGGAACCACGUGCCAGAUGGUGGAUGGUUGGCCACGCUGCAUCCAACUCAAGGUAUCUCCAAGGCAGCCUUCCUGCAGUGACCUUCACUGUCCAAAAGGAGCUACUUGUAAGAUGGUGGAUGGACAUCCCCAGUGUGUCCAUGACCAACCCACCUGCAGUGACAUCCAGUGCCAAAAAGGAACCACGUGCCAGAUGGUGGAUGGUUGGCCACGGUGUGUCCAACUCGAGGUAUCUCCAAGGAAGCCUUCCUGCAGUGACCUCCACUGCCCUAAAGGAACCACGUGUAAGAUGAUGGAUGGACAUCCCCAGUGUGUCCAUGACCAGCCCAGCUGCAGUGACAUCCAGUGCUCCAAGGGGACCACGUGCCAGAUGGUGGAAGGUUGGCCACGGUGCGUCCAACUCAAGGUGGCCCCAAGGAAGCCUUCCUGCAGUGACAUCCAUUGCCCUAAAGGAACCACGUGCAAGAUGGUGCAUGGACAUCCUCAGUGUGUCCAAAAUCAACCCACCUGCAGUGACAUCCAGUGCCAGAAAGGAACCACGUGCCAGAUGGUGGAUGGUUGGCCACGGUGUGUCCAACUCAAGGUGGCCCCAAGGAGACCUUCCUGCAGUGACCUCCACUGUCCCAAGGGAACUACGUGUAAGAUGAUGGAUGGACAUCCCCAGUGUGUCCAUGACCAGCCCACCUGCAGUGACAUCCAGUGCUCCAAGGGAACCACGUGCCAGAUGGUGGAUGGAUGGCCACGCUGCAUCCAAAUCAAGGUAUCUCCAAGGCAGCCUUCCUGCAGUGACCUCCAUUGUCCGAAGGGCACUACUUGUAAGAUGAUGGAUGGACAUCCCCAAUGCAUCCAAAAUCAACCUACCUGCAGUGACAUCCAGUGCCAGAAAGGAACCACGUGCCAGAUGGUGGAUGGAUGGCCACGCUGCAUCCAACUCAAGGUGGCCCCAAGGAGACCUUCCUGCAGUGACCUCCAUUGUCCCAAGGGAACCACGUGCCAGAUGGUGGAUGGUUGGCCACGGUGUGUCCAACUCAAGGUAUCUCCAAGGCAGCCUUCCUGCAGCGACCUCCAUUGUCCCAAGGGAACUACGUGUAAGACGGUGGAUGGACAUCCCCAAUGUGUCCAUGACCAGCCCACCUGCAGUGACAUCCAGUGCUCCAAGGGAACCACGUGCCAGAUGGUGGAUGGUUGGCCACGCUGCAUCCAACUCAAGGUGGCCCCAAGGAGACCUUCCUGCAGUGACCUCCACUGCCCUAAAGGAACCACGUGUAAGAUGGUGGAUGGACAUCCCCAGUGCGUCCAAAAUCAACCUACCUGCAGUGACAUCCAGUGCCAGAAGGGAACCACGUGCCAGAUGUUGGAUGGUUGGCCACGUUGCAUCCAACUCAAGGUAUCUCCAAGGAAGCCUUCCUGCAGUGACCUUCACUGCCCUAAAGGAACCACGUGUAAGAUGAUAGAUGGACAUCCCCAAUGUGUCCAUGACCAGCCCACCUGCAGUGACAUCCAGUGCCAGAAGGGAACCACGUGCCAGAUGGUGGAUGGUUGGCCACGCUGCAUCCAACUCAAGGUAUCUCCAAGGAAGCCUUCCUGCAGUGACCUCCAUUGUCCGAAGGGCACUACUUGUAAGAUGAUGGAUGGACAUCCCCAAUGCGUCCAAAAUCAACCUACCUGCAGUGACAUCCAGUGCCAGAAAGGAACCACGUGCCAGAUGGUGGAUGGAUGGCCACGCUGCAUCCAACUCAAGGUUGCCCCAAGGCAACCUUCCUGCAGUGACCUCCACUGCCCUAAAGGAACCACGUGUAAGAUGGUGGAUGGACAUCCCCAGUGUGUCCAUGACCAGCCCACCUGCAGUGACAUCCAUUGCUCCAAGGGAACCACGUGCCAGAUGGUGGAAGGUUGGCCACGUUGCAUCCAACUCAAGGUAUCUCCAAGGAAGCCUUCCUGCAGUGACCUCCACUGUCCCAAGGGAACUACUUGUAAGAUGAUGGAUGGACAUCCCCACUGUGUCCAUGACCAGCCCACCUGCAGUGACAUCCAGUGCCAAAAAGGAACCACGUGCCAGAUGGUGGAUGGUUGGCCACGGUGUGUCCAACUCGAGGUAUCUCCAAGGAAGCCUUCCUGCAGUGACCUCCACUGCCCUAAAGGAACCACGUGUAAGAUGAUGGAUGGACAUCCCCAGUGUGUCCAUGACCAGCCCAGCUGCAGUGAGAUCCAGUGCUCCAAGGGGACCACGUGCCAGAUGGUGGAUGGUUGGCCACGGUGCGUCCAACUCAAGGUGGCCCCAAGGAAGCCUUCCUGCAGUGACAUCCAUUGCCCUAAAGGAACCACGUGCAAGAUGGUGCAUGGACAUCCUCAGUGUGUCCAAAAUCAACCCACCUGCAGUGACAUCCACUGCCAGAAGGGAACCACGUGCCAGAUGGUGGAUGGUUGGCCACGUUGCAUCCAACUCAAGGUAUCUCCAAGGCAGCCUUCCUGCAGUGACCUCCAUUGUCCCAAGGGAACUACUUGUAAGAUGAUAGAUGGACAUCCCCAGUGUGUCCAAAAUCAACCUACCUGCAGUGACAUCCAGUGCCAGAAAGGAACCACGUGCCAGAUGGUGGAUGGUUGGCCACGCUGCGUCCAACUCAAGGUAUCUCCAAGGAGACCUUCCUGCAGUGACCUCCACUGCCCUAAAGGAACCACGUGUAAAAUGAUGGAUGGACAUCCCCAGUGUGUCCAAAACCAGCCCACCUGCAGUGACAUCCAGUGCUCCAAGGGAACCACGUGCCAGAUGGUGGAUGGUUGGCCACGGUGUGUCCAACUCAAAGUAUCUCCAAGGCAGCCUUCCUGCAAUGACAUGCACUGUCCCAAGGGAACUACUUGUAAGAUGAUAGAUGGACAUCCUCAGUGUGUCCAAAAUCAACCUACCUGCAGUGACAUCCAGUGCUCCAAGGGCACCACGUGCCAGAUGGUGGAUGGUUGGCCACGCUGCAUCCAACUCAAGGUGGCCCCAAGGCAACCUUCCUGCAGUGACCUCCAUUGUUCCAAGGGAACUACGUGUAAGAUGGUGGAUGGACAUCCCCAGUGUGUCCAUGACCAGCCCAGCUGCAGUGACAUCCAGUGCUCCAAGGGAACCACGUGCCAGAUGGUGGAUGGAUGGCCACGCUGCAUCCAACUCAAGGUGGCCCCAAGGAGACCUUCCUGCAGUGACCUCCAUUGUCCGAAGGGAACUACGUGUAAGAUGGUGGAUGGACAUCCCCAGUGUGUCCAAAAUCAACCUACCUGCAGUGACAUCCAGUGCCAGAAGGGAUCCACAUGCCAGAUGGUGGAUGGUUGGCCACGGUGUGUCCAACCCAAGAUGACAAAAAGGCAACAUUCCUGCAGGGACGUGCAGUGUCCCAAAGGGACCUCAUGUCGGAUAAGAGAUGGAUGGCCCCACUGUGUGCAGAACCAGCCCUCCUGCCAGGAUGUCCAAUGUCAGAAGGGAACGGAGUGUGUGAUGGUGGAUGGUUGGCCACAGUGCGUCCAAAUUAAGACUUCCAUCAGGAGACCCACCUGUAGUGAUGUCCAUUGUUCCAAGGGGACUGUGUGUGAGAUGGUGGAUGGAUGGCCUCAAUGUUUGCAACCCAAGGUGGCCCCAAAGCAGCCUUCUUGCAACGACAUGCAGUGUCCCAAAGGGACCUCAUGUAGGAUGACAGAUGGAUGGCCCCACUGUGUGCAGAACCAGCCCUCCUGUCAUGAUAUCCAAUGUCAGAAGGGAACCGUGUGCCAGAUGGUCAAUGGUUGGCCUCAGUGUGUCCAGACAAAGUCUUCCAUCAGGAGACCCACCUGUAGUGACGUUCGGUGCUCCAAAGGUUCAGUGUGUGAGAUGGUGGAUGGAUGGCCUCAGUGUGUUCAAAUCAAGGUGGCCCAAAGGCAGCCUUCUUGCAAGGACAUGCAGUGUCCCAAGGGGGCCUCGUGUAGGAUGACAGAUGGGUGGCCCCACUGUGUGCAGAACCAGCCCUCCUGCCAGGACGUCCAAUGUCAGAAGGGAACCGAGUGCCAGAUGGUGGAUGGAUGGCCUCAUUGUGUCCAAAUCAAGACUUCCAUCAGGAGACCCACCUGUAGUGACGUUCGGUGCUCCAAGGGGACGGUGUGUCAGAUGGAGGAUGGAUGGCCUCGAUGUGUUCAACCCAAGGUGGUCCCAAAGCAGCCUUCUUGCAAGGACUUUCAGUGUCCCAAAGGGACGUCAUGUAGGAUGACAGAUGGGUGGCCCCACUGUGUGCAGAACCAGCUGUCCUGCCAGGAUGUCCAAUGUCAGAAGGGAACCGUGUGCCAGAUGGUGGAUGGAUGGCCUCAUUGUGUCCAGACGAAGACUUCCAUCAGGAGACCCACCUGCAGUGAUGUUCGGUGCUCCAAAGGGACAGUGUGUGAGAUGGUGGAUGGAUGGCCUCAAUGUGUUCAACCCAAGGUGGUCCCAAAGCAGCUUUCUUGCAAGGACAUGCAGUGUCCCAAAGGGAGCUCAUGUAGGAUGACAGAUGGAUGGCCCCACUGUGUGCAGAACCAGCCGUCCUGUCAUGAUAUCCAAUGUCAGAAGGGAACGGAGUGCCAGAUGGUGAAUGGUUGGCUUCAGUGUGUCCAAAUCAAGACCUCUGUCAGGAGACCCACCUGUAGUGAUGUUCGGUGCUCCAAGGGGACGGUGUGUCAGAUGGUGGAUGGAUGGCCUCAGUGUCUUCAACCCAAGGUGGCCCCAAGGCAACCUUCAUGCAGGGACAUGCAGUGCCCAAAAGGGACCUCAUGCAGAAUGACAGAUGGGUGGCCCCACUGUGUGCAGAACCAGCCCUCCUGCCAGGAUGUUCAGUGUCAGAAGGGAACCGUGUGCCAGAUGGUGGAUGGAUGGCCUCAUUGUGUCCAGAUGAAGAGUUCCAUCAGGAGACCCACCUGCAGUGAUGUUCACUGCUCCAAGGGGACAGUGUGUGAGAUGGUGGAUGGAUGGCCUCAAUGUUUGCAACCCAAGGUGGUCCCAAAGCAGCCUUCUUGCAAGGACAUUCAGUGCCCCAAAGGGACGUCGUGUAGGAUCAGAGAUGGGUGGCCCCACUGUGUGCAGAACCAGCCCUCCUGCCAGGAUGUCCAGUGUCAGAAGGGAACUGUGUGCCAGAUGGUGGAUGGAUGGCCUCAUUGUGUCCAAAUCAAGACUUCCAUCAGGAGACCCACCUGUAGUGACCUACGGUGUUCCAAAGGUUCAGUGUGUGAGACGGUGGAUGGUUGGCCCCAGUGUGUUCAACCCAAGGUGGUCCCAAGGCAGCCUUCUUGCAAGGACAUGCAGUGUCCCAAAGGGACCUCAUGUCAGAUCAGAGAUGGGUGGCCCCACUGUGUGCAGAACCAGCCCUCCUGUCAUGAUAUCCAAUGUCAGAAGGGAAUGGAGUGUCAGACAGUGGAUGGAUGGCCUCAUUGUGUCCAAAUCAAGACCUCUAUCAGGAGACCCACCUGUAGUGAUGUUCGGUGCUCCAAAGGUUCAGUGUGUGAGAUGGUGGAUGGUUGGCCUCAAUGUGUUCAACCCAAGGUGGUCCCAAGGCAACCUUCUUGCAGGGACAUGCAGUGCCCAAAAGGGACCUCAUGCAGAAUGACAGAUGGGUGGCCCCACUGUGUGCAGAACCAGCCCUCCUGCCAGGAUGUCCAAUGUCAGAAGGGAACUGUGUGCCAGAUGGUGGAUGGAUGGCCUCAUUGUGUCCAGAUGAAGACUUCCAUCAGGAGACCCACCUGCAGUGACCUACGGUGUUCCAAAGGUUCAGUGUGUGAGACGGUGGAUGGUUGGCCCCAGUGUGUGCAACCCAAGGUGGCCCCAAAGCAGCCUUCUUGCAACGACAUGCAGUGUCCCAAAGGGACCUCAUGUAGGGUAAGAGAUGGAUGGCCCCACUGUGUGCAGAACCAGCCCUCCUGCCAGGAUGUUCAUUGUCAGAAGGGAACGGAGUGUCUGAUGGUGAAUGGUUGGCCUCAGUGUGUCCAGAUGAAGACUUCCAUCAGGAGACCCACCUGUAGUGACGUUCGGUGCUCCAAAGGUUCAGUGUGUGAGAUGGUGGAUGGAUGGCCUCAGUGUGUCGAACUCAAGGUGGUCCCAAAGCAGCCUUCUUGCAAGGACAUUCAGUGCCCCAAAGGGACGUCGUGUAGGAUGACAGAUGGGUGGCCCCACUGUGUGCAGAACCAGCCCUCCUGUCAUGAUAUCCAAUGUCAGAAGGGAACUGUGUGCCAGAUGGUGGAUGGAUGGCCUCAUUGUGUCCAAAUCAAGACUUCUGUCAGGAGACCCACCUGUAGUGAUGUUCGGUGCUCCAAGGGGACGGUGUGUCAGAUGGAGGAUGGAUGGCCUCGAUGUGUUCAACCCAAGGUGGUCCCAAAGCAGCCUUCUUGCCGAGAUAUCCAGUGUCCCAAGGGGUCCUCAUGUAGGAUGACAGAUGGGUGGCCCCACUGUGUGCAGAACCAGCCCUCCUGCCAGGAUGUCCAAUGUCAAAAGGGAACCGUGUGCCAGAUGGUCAAUGGUUGGCCCCAGUGUGUCCAGACGAAGAGUUCCAUCAGGAGACCCACCUGUAGUGACGUUCGGUGCUCCAAGGGGACGGUGUGUCAGAUAGUGGAUGGAUGGCCUCAAUGCGUUCAACCCAAGGUGGUCCCAAGGCAGCCUUCUUGCAAGGACAUGCAGUGUCCCAAGGGGUCCUCAUGUAGGAUGACAGAUGGGUGGCCCCAUUGUGUUCAGAACCAGCCCUCCUGCCAGGAUGUCCAGUGUCAGAUGGGAACCGUGUGCCAGAUGGUGGAUGGAUGGCCUCAUUGUGUCCAAAUCAAGACCUCUAUCAGGAGACCCACCUGUAGUGAUGUUCGGUGCUCCAAGGGGACAGUGUGUGAGAUGGUGGAUGGAUGGCCUCAAUGUUUGCAACCCAAGGUGGCCCCAAGGCAGCCUUCUUGCAAGGACAUGCAGUGUCCCAAAGGGACGUCGUGUAGGAUGACAGAUGGGUGGCCCCACUGUGUGCAGAACCAGCCCUCAUGCCAGGACGUCCAAUGUCAGAAGGGAACCGUGUGCCAGAUGGUCAAUGGUUGGCCCCAGUGUGUCCAGACGAAGACUUCCAUCAGGAGACCCACCUGUAGUGACCUACGGUGUUCCAAAGGUUCAGCGUGUGAGACGGUGGAUGGUUGGCCUCAGUGUGUUCAACCCAAGGUGGUCCCAAGGCAGCCUUCUUGCAAAGACAUGCAGUGUCCCAAGGGGUCCUCAUGUAGGAUGACAGAUGGGUGGCCGCAUUGUGUUCAGAACCAGCCGUCCUGCCAGGAUGUCCAAUGCCAAAAGGGAACGGAGUGUCAGACAGUGAAUGGUUGGCCUCAGUGUGUCCAGACAAAGACUUCCAUCAGGAGACCCACCUGCAGUGAUGUUCGGUGCUCCAAGGUGAUGGUGUGUCAGAUAGUGGAUGGAUGGCCUCAAUGUUUGCAACCCAAGGUGGUCCCAAGGCAGCCUUCUUGCAAGGACAUGCAGUGUCCCAAAGGGACGUCGUGUAGGAUAAGAGAUGGGUGGCCCCACUGUGUGCAGAACCAGCCCUCCUGCCAGGAUGUCCAAUGCCAAAAGGGAACCGUGUGCCAGAUGGUCAAUGGUUGGCCCCAGUGUGUCCAGACGAAGAGUUCCAUCAGGAGACCCACCUGCAGUGACGUUCGGUGCUCCAAGGGGAUGGUGUGUCAGAUAGUGGAUGGAUGGCCUCAAUGCGUUCAACCCAAGGUGGUCCCAAGGCAGCCUUCUUGCAAGGACAUGCAGUGUCCCAAGGGGUCCUCAUGUAGGAUGACAGAUGGGUGGCCCCAUUGUGUUCAGAACCAGCCCUCAUGCCAGGAUGUUCAGUGUCAGAAGGGAACCGUGUGCCAGAUGGUGGAUGGAUGGCCUCAUUGUGUCCAAAUCAAGACUUCCAUCAGGAGACCCACCUGCAGUGAUGUUCGGUGCUCCAAGGGGACAGUGUGUGAGAUGGUGGAUGGAUGGCCUCAAUGUGUUCAACCCAAGGUGGUCCCAAGGCAGCCUUCUUGCAAGGACAUGCAGUGUCCCAAAGG